CUGUCUACCACUUGAUGCAGAUUAGUUAUGAUCUGUGAACCCAAAUCCCCCAACUAGAUAACUUUGGAAAAUUUUAUCAUGUAACAACAGACCUAAAACAUAAUGCAUGAUGGGCGUCUUGUCAAGUUGCUUACAAACACGUGCGCUCCACCUUUAACAGAUCUGGAGAAGUUCUCUGAAAACAACUUCAUAACUCAACAGUGCGACUGGCAUCAGCUCCAAUAACUCUUUUUUAUUCAGCUUUCGUCUAAUAUCCACUGGCAGCAGUCUGAGCACGUCUAAGUAUUUACCUCAUCAAACUUUGAACCGUCGAUCAGCACUUGCAUGUUGUCCAUUAUUCGUUCGCGAUAGUUUCACUCCUAGUUCCACCGUACUUGACCGGGAUGUAUAUUAUAAAGUACAUGUUCACUGUACACAGCAGCCUACAAACCCGUGACCUCUGCCGUAGUGUACAUUUCGCGUGACUAUCACUCCGAGACUGGCAGUGUGAUAAAGACCAAAGUCCGUUUGCCUUGGCGCUUUCGUCAGUACUACUAUAGGUGACGUGAAUACGAAUGAACUGCUUUUUCUAUGAAAUGGAUGUGUUUCAGCCUAGAAUCUGUGGAUGUUUUUCCGUCAUUUGAUAUUAACACAAAAUGGUGAAGAAAAUCAAACGAGAAGACAGCAACCAACCGACCAUCCGCGUCGAGCACGAUCGGGAGUUCGCGUCCACUCAACAACAGGGCCCGCGUCCCCCUCGGCAGCAGCAGCGGCAACAACAGCAACAGCAGUAUGAAGUACAGCGACAGCAACCGGUAAUGCAGCAACACCAGUUAUACCGAGCCAAUGGGUUAUCACCCCAGCCGCAGCUGUACCCGGCCGCCCGAUCUUCUCCCGACCACGGGACCGUCAUCCUGGGCCCCGUCGUCCCGACGUCUCCAGCCAGGCGGUACCGGGCCAAAACGGCCAAGACGCUGGGAAGUCUUCAAAUCGUCAUAUGCAUCGUAUCAGCCGUGCUCGGUGUUGUGGCAGCUGCAAUAAACACUUGGGGCGCUUUAGUCGGCCUUCCCAUCUGGGCUGGAAUUUGUUUCUACCUCCCCGCCGGAAUACUCGGUGUGUUGUCCACAAAACCAACGAACAUGCAGAAUUGUGUGAUCAAUUCCUGUUUAGUCAUGUCCGUGUUCUCAGCAGUGGUAGCGGGUUGUAGCGCAACAGUAGCAGGUAUUGCAGCCGCCAACGAGUAUCAUCAUGAUGGUUAUUCAUCUUACUGGGUGGUGGGUAACGGCAUCAUUGACAUCUUGGUAUGCAUCACGGCACUUGGGGAGAUGGUAGUGGCAAUCACACAGUCCACCUACUGCUGCCGACACCGAUGCGCUUGCUGUCAAUCGCCACCGUCCCGACAGCCAAACCAAACGGUUCGCUUUGAAACACCGGUGCGCUAUGUGACUGGGAACAACCCAACUGUGCAGCUUGCUAUGCCAUACCAACAGCAUCAGCAGCAGCCACCUGGGUAUCAUGUCGAGGGCAUUGUACCACUGCAGAAUGCACCACGAAACGUACAGCCUCACCACCCAAACACAGUCGGUGAUUACCUUGCGACUCAACGUGUAGAUACUACAAUAGAGCUACCAGCCUACACCGAUUCACCACCUCCGAGUUACACCUUAAGCACAGGUCACAUGUAGAAGAUCAUGCAUUUUGUAUCAUACCCAAUAUCAGGUAUAUUUUUAUACCCUUCUUGUAACACCUCUGUGAUGAGAAUAACCUGGAAUAUGGAAAUACCGCACAUUGCUGAUAGCAUAAGGAACUCGUAACAACUGAUCUCCAAGUACAAAUCUGGGGUGCUUGUUGGUUCCUGAUCCCUCCGACGGAAUGUUUGGAAGAGCCAGUUCCAACCACUCCAAUCAUUGAAAAAAUCUUUACAAAUCUAUUACCCAUGAACAGUGACUUCACUCCUAACAGCUGAUCAUGGUUGGUAAAGUUCUCAAAUGGCUUCUGAUUUGUGGCCAUUGAACCCCCCCCAGAAAAAAAAUUUUAAAAACCCAGCAGGUUUACUAAAUAGUCAUUCAGGUCACAAGAAUUACAGAUGAAGUCACGAUACAAUAAGAUGAAACCGGUUUCCGUUGAACAAAACACUUUAAUUGACCAUUUGUUAUUACCAUGAUCAUACAUAUACAAAGCUAAUGUUUAUGAUUCCCUUACAUUAUCCAAUGUCACCCAAUAGCAAGAUAUAAACAACUUUUUAUGUGCAUAUGAACAUUCAAACAACUUUACUGACAAAACAUGUAGCCACUGAUAUGUUAUUCUGGCUAUAGGCAUUUAUAAAAAGAUGAGCAGAAAUAUCACUUGGAGCUAAAUUUCUGAAAACUUCUGAAGUGAGUGUACAAAGAAAAGGGAACAGAAAGACAAGCUGAGAAACCUUCUGAGUCAGCUUAA